CCGCCACAUCGUCAAUCCUCAACAGUGAAACAGACGCUGUUUCUGGUUUCUUUAAAUAUCUCACUAGAAGAAAGCACAGGUUUCAAUACAAUAGCUAUCAGGCACCUUCUGAAUUGUGACUGCGAAUUCUGAUAAACGCUUGAAUGUAGUUUUAGAUGGAUCUAGUGCUCUAUGCAUCAUCUACCUCGAUUUUUAGGUCACAGCAGGCAAACUAAGGGCAUGGACCAGAAGAAUGUCCGAAGAAAACCGAAGCUCGAGCGCCGUAAUGCUGCUAAAUACUUUGAGUAUGAUGUUGCAUCAUCUUCAUCGUCGCUGGACGACUCCUCUGGCUCUCUAUAUACUCGAUCAAUGGAGUUUUAUGACCGAACCAGCUUCAGAAUUGAGGGAGUCGAGGGCGAGUUUGAUAUAAUAUGCAGGAAUUUGGGGCUAUCCGGACCAGAAGACUUCGCUAUUCCGGCGGCGGCGUGGGAGGCUAUGAAGGUCAGGUCGUCUUCGGAUAUUCUUCCGAGGUUGCAGUUGAACGAUUUGGAAAGUCAGGACAAGGAGGAGGAGCUGAGAGAUAACCAGUCGAAUCAGUUAGUGCGUGAAAGGUGUGAUAAAUGUGAAGAACGGGUUACAAUUGGAGAUGUGAGUGAAUCAGCUAAAGACGAGCCUGCUGAGACAAGUGGGAGAGGGGCUAUCAAGGGUCUCCGUCCGCCGAUGAUUAAGCCACCGCCGGGGAUGAGGAUCCCAGUUAUUGAUAACAUGUGUUCCACCUGGGAUAUUCUGAGAGAUUUUGCUCCUCAAGCUGAAAGACAGUCAUUGGAAAAGUAUGAGGAGCCGAACUGUUCUGAUCAUGACCCAGAACGACGAAGGGAAACGGAGAGAGAAGAUGAGCAGAAACAAGAAGAAGCAGGAGUACGUGAGGCGGAUGGGUUUACUCCAAAGUUAGAAGAGGAUAAUGCAUCAAGGCUUGCGGAUGCUGAUGCUGAGUUUUUGGGAUCGGGUUCGUUUACUACGUCAAACGAAGACGAUUCUUCUAGCCCCUCCACGGGUCCUAGGUCCACCAAUAUAUCUCCUAAUGUAAGAUUUAGACGAAUUAUUGUGAAUUGGCAAAAGGGCGAGCUUUUGGGACGUGGUUCAUUUGGGUCAGUCUACGAAGGAAUUUCUGGAGAUGGAUUCUUUUUUGCUGUGAAAGAAGUCUCACUGCUCGAUCAAGGGAGUCAGGGGCAGCAAAGUGUCUAUCAACUGGAGCAGGAGAUUGAUCUUUUGAGUCAUUUUGAACACGAGAACAUUGUUCAAUACUAUGGCACAGAAAUGGAUGAAUCAAAGCUGUACAUCUUUCUUGAGCUUGUUACUAAAGGUUCCCUUGCAAGCCUCUACAGGAAGUACAACCUUCGAGACUCUCAAGUGUCUGCCUACACAAGGCAGAUUCUGCAUGGUUUGAAGUAUCUUCACGAUCAAAAUGUGAUGCACAGGGAUAUUAAAUGUACAAAUAUAUUGGUGGAUGCAAGCGGAUCUGUCAAGCUAGCGGAUUUUGGAUUAGCAAAGGCAACCAAAUUCAACGAUAUUAAAUCAUGCAAGGGGACAGCAUUUUGGAUGGCGCCUGAGAUGCAAGCAUUGUUUAGAAUUGGAAAAGGUGAGCGCCCGCCUGUUCCUGAUUCUCUUUCGAAAGAUGCAAGGGAUUUUAUACUGCAGUGUCUGCAAGUCAAUCCAGAUGAGCGUCCCACUGCUACUGAGUUGCUAAACCAUCCAUUUGUCCAAAGGCAACUUUCCUCUUCGUCUGGCUCUGGCUCUGUAUCCCCUUAUAUUCCUGGAAGGAGGAAUUAAUUGGUUAACUUCAACUACGAAACACAUUAAGGUGAAGAUUGUUAGUAGAGAUCUCCUUUUUGGCUGCUCAGUAUGUCUCCUUUUUAGCUUGUUUGACAAAUGCAUUUAUUGAAAAACCAUUGUCAUGGCUUUCCAAUGUCUGUUUACUGAUUCCUCAUUCUCAAAUGACAAA